AAUCAUCACGUCAACAAUAACAAAACCUUUCCACAAUCCGCUCAGAUCAUACCGUAACCGUGGAGUGAAGUGCCCCGAAGAUUGUGUACAGAGCUACGAAGACCCAAUUGCAAAUCGUGUUUCUGCUGCCUUGUCACAACUCUAUUUUGGUGCAAGAUUCGCUCCGCUGGUCCAUAACAAAACAGCUCUUCUGGAAGACGCGUUCCCGAAAUUUAGGCCGGUCAAAUAGAACUGGAAACGUAAUCAUGGCAAAGACUGUGUUGGUAACCGGCGGAACGGGCCUGGUGGGAAAAGCAAUCGAAGCUGUCAUCAAGGAGGAAAAUCCGUCAGAUGAGAAGUGGAUUUUUGUGGGAUCCAAGGAAGCUGACCUCACGGAUCUAGCGAGCACCCGGCUAUUGUUUGAACGUUACCAGCCAACUCAUGUGGUUCAUCUGGCAGCCAUGGUUGGUGGACUGUUUCACAACAUGUCCAACAAUCUUGAUUUUCUCCGAAAGAACAUCCAGAUGAACGACAAUGUGCUGCUUCUGUGUCACGAACAUAAGAUAAAGAAAGCUGUGUCCUGCCUGUCGACCUGUGUAUUUCCAGACAAAACUAGCUAUCCCAUUGAUGAAACUAUGAUUCACAACGGCCCACCUCACGUUUCCAACUACGGUUACAGUCACGCCAAACGACUAAUCGACAUUACCAAUCGAGCUUAUUUCGACAAAUUCGGUCACAUAUUCACCUCGGUCAUUCCGUGCAAUGUAUUUGGACCAAACGAUAACUUUGCUCCGGGAGUCGGUCACGUUAUUCCAGAAAUGAUUCACCGAUUGCAUGAAAUCAUGUGUAUUAAGGAUACAGACAAACCCCAAGAAGAAAAGGUAUUCAACGUGUUCGGUUCCGGUAAACCACUUCGACAGUUCAUCUAUUCUCUGGAUCUGGCCAAGCUUUUUAUCUGGGUACUGAGAAACUACGAUAGCGUUGAUCCCAUCAUCCUGUCCGUGGACGAAGCGACGGAAGUGACGAUAGCGCACGUGGCACAUUCGUUGGCGAAGGCUUUCGAUUUCAAGGGUCGGGUGGAAUUUGACACCAGCAAAGCCGAUGGCCAGUACAAGAAGACGGCAUCGAAUGCCAAGUUGAGGAAGCUGUUGCCCGAUUAUCAGUUUACCGAUUUUGAUGUGGCCAUCAAGGCCACGGUUCAAUGGUACCUGGAAAACUAUGAUACGGCACGGAAGUGAUGAAUAGUUUCUGGGAAGUUAUGUUUUUAUGAUU